CGCAUGGAAAGGAAAGGAAAAGAGUGGUGUACCUACAGCUGUGCCGUAAACGCGAUUAUGUUUCGUCGCUGGCAAACCCAUUCAGUGCUCCUUACGGCACGAAACAACUUGGUACUGCCGUUGCAAACGUUUCCACGCCACGCCAUUCGACUGCAGUGACUCCGGAAUCGUAUCCGGCUGCGGAGAAGAGGAAAUCGCGCGCGGAUGCGCUCCAACAGCCCAGCUUUAACCACGAUCACGUGCACGAGCAAGUCUCGUUCUAGAAAGUGUUUGUUUUCGGCGCGGAGAAUUAGAACCGCGUGUGGACGCUGCUUCCGUACCACGGACGGUUCCGUGCCAGUUGUUACGACGCGAUAAUGUGAAAAUUAUUCCUGAUACGCGCUACGCUUCGCGUUAGGCUCCCGUGGAUACUCGAGUCUCGAGUCGAGUCGAAGAAACAAAAAAGAAAUAAAGAUAAAGAAAAAAAAGGAGGAAAAAAGCGACCGAUCGAGGGUGCACGUACGAUGCAGCUGUUUCUCCGUGGGAUAGAAACAUUUGGGGUUAACGAGAGGCCGGCUACGAGAGCGUAGAACAAUUUCUAUCGUUAGAAUUGUAGGACGAAGCAGGACGACGAAAACAUUCCGUGUAACCGAGCCGAGAUAUCGAAGACAUCCGUACGCGUAACGAGCAUCCUUGCGUCGUAAAACGCUGUCCACGGAGGAAAUGGAUGGAGGCACAUACGCGAGGAUGACUUAACGAUGAUCGUAAAAAGUGGACGCUGGUAACUGAUUUGCAGAAGCGGAACCAGCGAGAACGAUGGUAUACAGAGGCAGUUUGCAGACCGACGAUCCCAGGGAUGCACCGAAGCUGGUCAGGAUGUCACCGCUAAGAACCAGCAGGCCAAAUAAUCCUGUGUCCAAUUUACGAGCAGCUUCCUCCGUUAAUAGUCCGAUAUAUCACGGUCCGUUUGUGCCAGCAAUCGACGUUCAUCGAGCUAAAUUGAUCGAUGAAAGACGUUUGGCUCGUGAAAGGGACAUCGCAGAGUCCAUGCAGAAGGUCAUUAUGAGGACGACCGGUGUUAAGGUCGGCGCGCCAAGGCUACGAAACAUCAGUCAGAUACGAGACACGGUGUUCGUCGAUCCGGCACUGAUACCGAUGGAAAAAAUCGGUCGAACGGAGAAAGAUCGACCGAGAACUAUCGCCAUCGACGGUUCCAGCAGAUCGGCCAGAACGCAGAGCUCUAUGUUGGCCGAUUUGAAAGAUUUAGAGAGACUGAGAAACACGCCACCGGCUCAAAGGUGUCCCAGAGUGGCGACGAAGAACGAAACGAAAUCUUCCCCGUCCAACAAGAAGACGGAGCUUUCAAGCUCGGCAAAAAUUCGAUCGGAUAUCUUCAAGAUACAACAGAUGUUUCAAACUCCUGAUGGCUCCCCGAGGACCGGGGUGAAAUGCUCCAACGAGAAGAAGUUCGAAAAAAGACACGAGAUGGAAAAACUCGAGAGGAAGGCCGGGGCGGAAAUUAAUAAAACGAGAUUACUCGCACAGAAACUGUUGGAGGCGUCUCGAAGUAACCGGGAAUCGCUGAAGGAUCGGUACAAUAACCCGAGGAAUGCGUCGAACCUGAGAGCAGGCAAGGAAGUUAACGGCAGGGUGUCGAGUAAAGUAUCGCAGAAGAAUAACGUGGAUUCCAAGCAACCAGAGAAAGGAAAAAACCUCACAGUAUCCGAGGAAGUACAUCCACGACCUCCGGUUCGACGAAGAAAAGAGUCAAAAAAUAGGCGUAGCAGCGACACGCACGUGAAUGCCACUGCUGCCGACAAUACCGUGACGAACGAUAUCGUUCCAGAGGAUUCGAAGAAUAUCACGACCACGGAGAAAGAAACCGAAGCAUCGUCGAACGACGACGAUCGUUCGAACGUCGCUAGUGCCACGGGAGAUUCCAAGAUCAAAGCAAAGGAGCUCGAUAGACCGGACAUCCUGGACGGUCUAUUGAAAGAGUCUGAUCAGCAACUGGCAGAUCUGAAAUUGGACUUGCACGAGAGAAGAAGAUCACGAAGUCAUUGGCGAGGGUUCGUGCAAUCGAUGAGGCUACACGACGUUGAACUCCAUUCGGACAGCGAGGAUCAGCGAAAGGACCUGAAUUUGUGGAACAAGAGUAUCAGUCAACGAUGGAGGAAAUUGAGAAGGAGAUGUUCAGUUCAGGAGACUUCGGAACCUCAGGAGGCUCUGAUACAAGGCGGAACGACCCAGGGGGUUAUUCAACCAGUGAGGUCCAGCCCGACUAGCAGAGAGUCUUCGCCUGCUGCAAAAAGUCUUCAGGAUGGCAGUUCACCGAAGAAAUUGUUACAAACUAGCUCCUUAAGACUGCCAGGUACCACCAAGGGUAUCGCUGAUAUUCAGCACGUAUUACGAAGCAAAUUCAGUAAGAUAAACGCUGGCAUCAGAAAGAGGAAGGCUCUGAGCGUGACGGAAGUGUUCUCGCAAAAGGAUAACGCGUCGAAUUUCUACGUGCCCAGUCCCUUGACCUCCUCGAGCAGUCAAAACUUUGACGGAGAAUACGAUUCUAGCGAACCGACUUCCCUUCCACCCUAUCCUUUCCACGACAAUCUCGAGACGCUGGCAGAGGGCAGCGUGCCAAAUUCUCCGAAUUGCAGCAGCCCAUUGACCAACAACAACAAGACGUUCACGUAUUCGCAGAGCAGCAGCGCUUAUGAUUCUCCGGUACUGAGUCACGAUCAUAGCCAAAAGGACGCGUACGAGAACGUAUUGUACUCGAAUUCGUCUCCCGGUUGUUGCCCGAGGUCUAGGGGAAUAUUACAACGGAGCAAUUCCGAGAAUCGUGACGCCGGCAGACAGCAGGAUCACUCGUACGAAAAUGUUCGUUUCCAACGAGGUCAUAGGUCAGAACUGACACCAUCCGUCACCCCCCAUUCCGACAGGCAUCUGGCAAGGAGCAACUCGGAGACGAGGGAUCAUCAUUCGUACGAGAACGUCCACUUCCAAAAGAACUCGAAGCAUAGAAAUCAGUCUGACUCGUCGUUCGAGGAGAUUCACAUACCGAGGGUGACGCCCAGAAAGAGGGUGACCGACUUCAAAGUCGGUGGACAGGUGAACAAUUACUCCAACGGGCCUGGUUCCCCGUGUAUGAAUAAAGAAGAAGGGCCGUCCAGUUUGGGAGCUGAUAGAAGCCCUGGUAAGAAGACAACCAGACGAAUGAACAGCAGAAGCGUCGCCAAUAUUCCUAGUUCCUCCGGUGCCGGUUUGAAGACCUGGCAAGGUACGCAAGAUACGGACGAAGGCCUGAAUACCGACUCCGAACUCGAAGACAUCGACGAAGCUGGCGAGGGUGAAGAGUCGAGAUUCUGCACCCUACCAAGGCCAGGCAAGGGUGGCGCGUCAUUCACGAUACUGACAGCCAGAUUUCUAAAAGGUCCUGGACACAAAGGACUUGGUUUUAGUAUCGUCGGCGGUACGGAUAGUCCUCGAGGGAAUAUGGGAAUCUACGUGAAGACAGUCUUUCCUAAUGGCCAGGCUGCUGAUCUUGGAACCGUCAAAGAAGGGGACGAAAUUUUGUCGAUAAAUUCGAAACCUCUUCACGGUAUGACGCACGCCGAAGCGAUCGCCGAGUUCAAGUCCGUGAAAGCCGGGGACGUGGUACUACACGUUGGACGUCGCGUCAACAGAAAGAAACGGGACUCCUUGACAUUACCACCUGCCGGCCCGGCACCGCGUCAACAAAUCAAGUGAAUCGUUGAUCUCCUUCUAUCGCAUUCCGUGUGAAAAUAUUACGUUUCUGUUUCGUAUCUAAGCGCUUCGGAUGCGCGCGAACAAAGAAUUCCGACUUUUCCAAGGACCAUAGCCUAUGUCUGCGAAGAUAUUUUCCUUUUAUUAGAUACUGUUAAUGACGUGAGCGGGUCUGCGUUGACCCUGCGCAACAACGAACCAAUCUCAUUUUUCACCAUUUUUUGGUAACCAUCUCGGUUGUGCACGUGCGUUUCAGAAUGUGUUCGGCAUAGCAUCGCUUCGUGAGCAGAUAUCACGAGGAAGAUUACAUUUUGCAUUUGUUAUUUUAGCGUUUAUUGUUCGAGGCGCCCUGUGUCGAGGGUGAUGCGAUUAAAAAGUUGCGAGACGGUUACUCAUUUCGGCGCCAAUUCGUCGCGUAUUUGAGCUUCGCGCGACGAAAGCAGUUCAAAGCGGUGAACCGC